AUGUCAACAAAUGGCAUCACACUAGACCUGUCACUAAUCUCCUGUCCCUCUCUACCCACAUGUCCACGUCUCCCUGUAGUGUACGGUUACCAUGGCAGCCUCGCCACGCCGGUGAACCUGACGGUCUCCUUGCGCCGCUUCCGGUACAUGGCGCUCUGGGAGGCGGGGCCAGGCUCUCCCCCAGGUGUCAGCUACGCCGUGGAGACGUGCCCGCUCAGCCGUAGUGGCCUGUGGACGAGCGUGCGUGGAUGCGAGCGUGUGUCCUCCCCUCUGGAGUGCGAUGUGACGGAGGCCUUCUCCAGCGUGGAGGAGACGUACUACACGGCGGUCACGUCACGCCUGGGCGCCCUCGCCUCGGUGCCCGCCAACCACUCCGGGUUCAUGCCCAAGAUGAGCGCUCAACCGGAGCCCCCACUGGUGUCACUCUCCUUGUGCAACCAAUCACUGUGCGUCAGCCUGAAGCCGCCUGCUGAUUGGCUGACGGAGCUCUACAAGGCCUACCAGUACAUUGUCAACAUAUCUACGGUCGGGAAUAAGCACCUUGUCUCUGUAGAAAGAGACCUAAGUGGGUUGGUGUUGAAGGUGGUUCCUGGAAGAGAGUACUGCGUCUCUGUGAGCAUCAAGGAACACACACACACACACACAGCGCCACAGUGCAUCAUUGUACCGGCACUCUACAAUAAAGAUGCGGUGGUGUCAGGGCUGUUGUGUGUGUUUGUGGUGGUUGGCGCUUUGAGUGUACCGAUCUUGUUUUACUCGGGAUUCAUCUGUCUGAGGGCACCGCUGCCCAGCUUACUGAGCUGUGACCUCAGCGCUGGUCUGUCCUUCUCGGCAUCCUACCGCAUCAGGGUCAGGGCGGAGUCUGGAGGUCAGAGGUCGAACUGGAGCCACACCCUCAACUUCACCCCCGACGAGGACACGUUGCUGGGGCAACCAUCCAGUGUGGAGCUGCAGGGGGGCGUUUCCAUGGUGAUGGUGCAGAUGCUGGAACCCCUCACCCACGACGACAAACCCAUGAGCAAUAUGAUGGGGGAGCUCAGCUACAGAGCACAGUACUGGGAGAGAGACACACCUGGGCAGAUACGUGAGGUGGACACACACAUCCCUCUACUCCUACUGCAAGAGCUGAAGCCUUACACGGAGUACUGCUUACGUGUGUGUGUCUUCAGCCUUGAUUAUAACAAGAUCAGCAACUACACACACACACAGUGCACUCACACACACGGCCAGUGUCCUGUGUGGCAUGUCCCUCUCGGUGUGUGUGCCGGUGUGUGUGUGUUGGUGCUGGCCACUCUCACACUCUUACUAAGGAAGAAGAUGGGGAAGUCUCCUCCGAAAUACCUCACACCAUACAGCUUACAGGUGUGGUCCUCCUCUAUCCCCAUCUACACCUGCUGCACCUGGAUCAGGAACACUGCUCUAGGGCUGCCCUGGAGACAGCAGUCCCUUGACAACAGAGGAAGGACUCUGGGUGUGGAGAAGAGAUGA